AUGGCAGCUUUUGGGUUGAAGCAGUUCUUUGGUGAUUUUGUGUGCAAACUGAUUUUCUAUGUUUACAGACAAGGCAGGAGCAUGUCCAUCAGCACCACCUGCCUCUUGAGUGUCUUCCAGGCCAUCACCAUCAGUGCCAGGAAAUCCUACUGGAAGAUUCUUAAAACCAAAGCCACAAAGUACCUUGGCUUAUCCAUUUCCACCUACUGGAUCCUGUACAUGACAGUGAAUUUCAUUUUCCCUGUGUAUGUGUAUGCCAAAUGGAAGGGCAGAAACAUAACAAUGAGGAAAACAGAUUUUGACUACUGUGCCACUAUAGGUUGUGAUGAAGUCACAGGCUCACUAUACGCAGCUCUUUUCAUGUUCCCUGAGGUUUUACUGUCUGUGCUCAUGGUCUGGUCCAGUGGCUCCAUGAUUGUCUCUCUGUACCGGCACAAGCAGAAUGUUCAAUAUAUCCACAGCACUGGUGUUUCCUGGAGAACCUCUGCAGAGAACAGAGCCACCCAGAGCAUUCUGGUCACGGCUUCCACAUUCAUAACAUUUUAUAUCCUCUUUGCCGUCUUUCAAGCUGCUGUCUGGGCACAAAGUCCUGCUGUGGCUACUGACUGUCUUCAAGGACAUUCUGGGUUUUGGAAUAACAAGCUCAAGAUGAAGGUUGUGGUGUCGGUCAGUGUCCUGGCUGACCCCUCCACUCAGUUUCUUAUGUCCAACGAACUUCGUGGCAUUCCUCCAACUUGCUUGCAACCUUCCAAAGCAGCUGUCUAG